AUGAACACGGAAGAAUUUCGGGUGGAGUACCCAGAAUCUAUGGAAGCGAUUACCAAGCGCCAUUAUGUGGACGAUUAUUACGACAGUGCGGACACCAUCGAGGAAGCUGUCAAUCGAGCCAAGGAGGUAAAAUAUAUUCACUUGCAGGGCGGAUUUCUAAUUCGUAACUGGAUGUCGAAUUCAGACAUGUUCCUGGAGAAACUCGGGGAGCGGAGUACGGAUGCCGCAAAGCACUUCAAUCGGGACAAGAGUACCGAGUAUGAGCGCGUGCUAGGCAUCGUUUGGCAACCUGUUGAGGACGUAUUCUGUUUUGCCACCGCUUCAAAGGCCGACUACAGGACAGUUCUACAAGGGGAUGAGCGUGCGACAAAAAGGAUUGUUCUCAGUUACGUCAUGGCGCAAUUCGAACCGUUAGGAUUUCUUGCAUCAGUGGUUGCACUCGGAAAAAUGCUCGUACAAGAUCUGUGGCGAACGGGCUGCGAAUGGGACGAACAGAUCGAUGACGUAUCGUUUAAGAAGUGGCAGCGCUGGAUACAACUCUUGCGGAACAUCGAGUCGUUCAGGAUCGGUCGCAGCUAUUUCGGUUACGCAAAAUCGAACGAAAUUCAGGAUGUGCAGUUGCACAUUUUUGCCGAUGCAAGCGAGACGGCGUACGGAUGCAUUGCCUACUUUCGGGCGAUUGUCCAAGGCGAGGUGAGAUGCACACUAGUGAUGAGUCGGUCGAAGGUGGCCUCGUUAAAGCAGUUGUCGUUUCCUCGGCUUGAACUCUUGGCUGCAGUACUCGGAGCACGGCUCAAGCAGACAGUGAUAGAGAAUCAUAACUUCCCGAUUAGUAAAGUCAUGUACUGGAUCGAUGCGGACGUAGUGCUCUCGUGGAUUCGGUCAGAUCAACGCCGGUACAAACAAUUUGUAGGUUUUCGGAUUGAUCAAUUAACCAAAUGGGGGAAGAGCUCGGAGUUGACUUCUGACUGCGUAUGGGUACAAGCGCCCACGUUUUUGUACACUCCGGAUGCUGUAUGGCCGAAGAUGGAGUUGCCACCAGCAAACACGACAGAAGAACUUCGGGUCCAUCUUCUGUUGCAUAAUAUUCUUGUGCCUGAAAUCUUCACCGAUGCGAGAAAUUUUUCGAAAUGGACGGUGAUAGUGCGGACGAUGGCAUCUGUUCUGCGGUUUAUCUCUAACUGCCGACGAAAGACGAAGAAGAUGCCGAUCGAGACUCUGAAAGCAACGGCCAGACAGGAGAACGCAGGAGCGGAUCCAGAAAAACAUUUCGCAGGGGGUCCGAAAUUUCAAUUUUGA